AAAAAUGGAGCAGCCCUCCCUAACAAGAAAAGCACAAAUCCAUACACCGAAAUCCAUCCAUCCUUCACCUCAAUACCUCACCCUUGCUCAAAAGAUGAAGCUCAACAUAUAAAGCAGCACCACAUCCACCACCUGCAGUUGCAGUGACCCGGCCCCCUCUAUAUCUACACAUCUCCCUGAUCUCUCUUCCUCCGAUCCUCGCAACUAGUGCCAGAUUAGCACGCGCUACCGUUGCUGCGUCAAAUCGAACUCGGCAGGUAGCUAGCUAUAGGCGGCUCGAGAUGAGGGCCGGGGGGUGCACGGUGCAGCAGUCGCUGACGGCGGGCGCGGCGGCGGUGGUGAAGCAGGCGGUGAGCCUGGCGCGGCGGCGUGGGAACGCGCAGGUGACGCCGCUGCACGUGGCGAGCGCGAUGCUGGCGGCGCCCGCAGGGCUCAUGCGCGCCGCGUGCCUCCGGUCGCACUCCCACCCGCUCCAGUGCAAGGCGCUGGAGCUCUGCUUCAACGUCGCGCUCAACCGCCUCCCCGCCUCCCACGCGGUCGCCUCGUCGCCGCUGCUCGGCGGGCACGGCCACCACCACUACUACCAGCAGUCUUUGUCUAACGCGCUUGUUGCGGCGUUCAAGCGCGCGCAGGCGCACCAGCGGCGUGGCUCCGUGGAGAACCAGCAGCAGCCGGUGCUCGCCGUCAAGAUCGAGCUUGAGCAGCUCGUUGUCUCCAUCCUCGACGACCCUAGCGUCAGCCGGGUAAUGCGCGAGGCCGGAUUCUCUAGCACUCAGGUGAAGGCCAACGUGGAGCAGGCCGUGAGCAACACAACAACCACGGCGGCCACCACUCCCAACCAAAACCCUAACCCUAGCGGCACCCCCAAUGCAAGUCCACCUCAAGAAACCAAAGCCAAGCGCCCACUGGACCAUGUGCGCGAAGAGGACGUCGCCACUAUCCUGGACUGCUUGGCCUCCCAGAGAAAGAGGAGGGUCGUGGUCGUCGCCGAGAGCACGACGGCGGCCGAGGCCUUGGCGCGCGCGGCUAUGGACAAGAUCAAGAGGGCCGAGGUGAAGCACGACGUUCUGCGAGGCGCGCAGGUCGUCAGCCUCAGCGUGUCGUCGUUCCGCGACAUGCCGAGGGAGGAGGCGGAGCGGCGGCUCGGCGAGCUGCGGUGCCUCGUCAAGGGCAGGGGUCAAGUGCUGCUCGUCGUGGAGGAUUUCAAGUGGGCGGCCGAGUUCUGGGCUGGGCACGUCCAGAGCGGGAGGAGAGGGUACUACUGCUCCGUCGAGCAUGUCGUCACCGAGGUGCGCGCUCUGGCUUGCGCCGGCGGCGGCGAGCACGGCCUCUGCUGGCUCGUCGGGUUCGGGACGUACCAGGCCUACAUGAAGUGCAGGGCGGGGCAGCCGUCUCUGGAGAGCCUGUGGGGGCUGCAGACGCUCACCGUGCCCGCCGGCAGCCUCGCGCUGAGCCUCACCUGCGCCUUCGAUGACAGUGCUCUUGGCGCAGUCAAUCAGUCCAUGAAAGCGAGCUCUGACACGGAUGGGAAUGGACCGGCGUCUUGCUGGCCACUUUCGGGUGGCAGCCAACCAAUCUCCAGAUGCUGCGGCGAUUGCUCUGCAGCGAGGAUUGACACGAAAGCAGCAUUGCCGCGGCCGUUCGUCUCGUCGUCGAGCCUCCCUUCCUGGCUUCAGCAUUACCGCGAUCAGGACCCUACACAUCUCACGGAUCUUGGCAAGACAUGGAGCUCCAUCUGCAGCAAACCGUCGCAGCGGAUGACGUUGCACUUCUCCGCGCCAGUGUCUCCGGCCUCCUCUAUCUCUUCCUACGAGCACGGCCACCAGUUGCACCAACCUCGCGAGUCAUGGCUCCUCGCGGAUUUCGACGCCAAGCACCCGUGGAAACCCAAGUGCGAGAACAGCGGGAAGGCCAAGUCGCACGACUCCGGCGCUUCGAACGGCUCCAUGGAGGUGGAGUGUCGUGGCAAGUUCAAGGAGCUCAACGCCGAGAACCUGAAGGUUCUCUGCGGCGCGUUGGAGAAGGAGGUGCCGUGGCAGAAGGAGAUAGUCCCCGAAAUCGCGAGCACCGUCCUCCAAUGCCGGUCGGGGAUCGCAAAAAGGUGCGACAAGUCGAGAUCGAAAGACGCGAAGGAGGAGACGUGGAUGUUUUUCCUCGGAGGCGACGCUGGAGGCAAGGAGAUGGUGGCGAAGGAGCUCGCCAACCUCGUGUUCGGGUCUCGCAAGAACUUCCUGUCCAUCCGAGUCGGUGCCUCCUCGCCUUCUGUAUCUGGCUCCUCCGAGGAGCACCGGAGUAAACGGCCACGGACGUCUCCCGCCAGCGAGCUGGACUACCUAGAACGGCUCUACGAGGCUAUCUCCGAGAAUCCUCACCGCGUCAUUCUCAUGGAGGACGUCGAGCAGGCCGACCGGGACUGCCAGCUCAGCAUCAAGGAAGCGAUCGAGAGCGGUGUGGUGCGGAACCACGCCGGCGAAGAGGUCGGCAUGGGCGAUGCCAUUAUCAUCCUGAGCUGCGAGAGUUUCGAAGCAGGGUCUAAAGCUUGCUCGCCACCGAGCAAACAGAUGAAGGUAGAAAUGGAGGAGGCCAAGGAGGAGCAGACGAGUGACCAUGAACACAACGAAGUUGGCACGUCCUCCUCCUCUUGCUUUGAUUUGAAUGUCAACGUGGAGAGUGAUCAAGCGGAUGAGCGCAAUUUCAGUGAAGUCUGUCUGCUCACGGCCGUCGACCGGACGCUCUUUUUUGUAAGGCAGGAGAACUCGUGAUCAUGCACAUUGGAAGAUCCAUGUGCUUUAGUGAUUAUAUAUCAGGGUUGCUUCUGAUAAAUGUUAGAUUAGUUGCAUGUCUAAUUAGCUCUUUCUUUCGUUUACUUCUUUGUUUGAUUUCAUUUUCUUUUUACUUUUCUUUGUUUUGUUUUUGGUGACAUCAGCGUGUUAGAGUAAAGGAUUUGAUUAAUGUUGUACUACGUGCUUCGCUAAAGA